UGGUUCUGUUUUGCUGCUGCCGCAGACGUCGUCGCAUUGUAAAUUUGUGCUUCGCUGUGUACGGUUGGAAGGCGUGCGGGCGUCCAAGCAACAACAACACCAGCUACAAAGAGCGAUAGAAACAGAAACGAAACGGCAAACAGCGACAGCGACAGCAAAGCAGCCACCGAGGACCUGGACUUGGGUGUUUCGUAUUCGUAUUCGUAUUCGGUUCCAUUCAGUUCUGAGUGCUGUUCUCGCGCGGCUCGAAAAUAAGUUGAGCGUUUUGGAAAUCGCACCUCGGUAAUCGAAAAUCGCAGAUCGCAGACAUCGAAACACAACACCAGCGAUGGGAAUAAUAAAUAGCAACAUUUUGGUUAGCUGUUGCAAGCGUUGUGUUUAAUUGUUUGUUUUGGUCGUAAAAUCGGAUUUUAUGACCGGCAGCAUAAAAAGCUAGCCCAAACAACCAACAGCCAACAGCCAACUGGCAACUGCCAACCGCCUACAGUACGCACUGCAAAUGAUUCCGCGAUUUGUGCCGGCAUGAACUAGCAGAGCCCCAAGAGCCGAAAGCCGAAAGCGUCCGCUAUUACAAGGUUUUAUUAUUUAUUAAAUUGAAAGACAACAGCCGGACGAUAAGUGAGAAGUGCCCGAGAAAAUCGGAAAAAAAACUGAAGCAAAAUCACCUGAAAUAAACCUGAAACCAAGUCGGAAAACCCAAUUUGAAAAUACUGCUCCACUUUUUGAGCACCACGAACACCCUGUGCGCUUUCACAUCAUCCGUGUCUCUUUGGCUUUCGAUCGAAUCAACUUCCGCCCCCUGCCCAGCCCAACGAAAUACGUUGCUCUGACGUCGACUCUCUUCGACCCGCUCUUUACUCAGGACGCGCGUGUGUGUGCGUGUCGAGUGCGUGCAUGAGUCGGGGGUCUCGUCUGUGUGUGUUCGUUAGUUGCGUGUGCGGUGCGCUAAAACUAUUGGAAAACGGUUUGAUUGAAAAUUAAAAUCGAAUCGAAGCAGAGCGAAUCGAAUCGAAUUGAGAGUGUGAAAUACAUCGACUGGAAAUAUAUCAACAGUGCAACGUGGAAAAAAGAGAUAAAGAUUGGGUCGGUGGGUCGAGUCGAUCGUACCACAAAACCCGACUCGCACACCACCAGCUUCAGCCCCAUCCACACACGUUCUGUGUGUGUGCCGGCCGUGCUUUUCGUUGCAACCGCUUGACUGAAACGCGUUCAAGAUAACCAUAAAUAUUCCACCCCUCCCCCAAACCCCAACCAUCCCGCUGGCGUGCGCUCUCUACGACCCCCACGAUGUCUCGGCAGUCGGGUCGCACGCCGCUGCCGGGGCGUGGUGGGGGCAUCACACACACCCUCACCCACACGCCCACGCCCACCCGCAUCCGCAUCCGCAUCCUGCCAUGCAGCACCACCAUCAGCAACAGCAGCAACAACAACAGCAGCAACAGCAGCAGCAGCAGCAGCAGCAACAACAGCAGCACCUGCAAGAGCAGGAGCAGCUACAGCAGUCCUCGCAGCAUCUGCAUCAACUGCAUCAUCACGCGCACCACCACCUGCCUCAGCCCCAGCCUCUCCACACCGCCAGUCUCCACCAGAGCGCGCAUUCCCACCUGCAGCAGCACUCGGUUGUCUCCUCCGCGUCGGUUGCGUUGUCCACUCCAUCAUCUGUGCUGCAACAGCAACAGCAACAGCAGACUACGCCCACUACACAUUCCACGCCCACGCAUGCCGUCAUGUACGAGGAUCCCCCACCUGUGCCAAUCGCCGCCGUGCAGCAGCAGACGGCUCUCCAGCAUCUUCCCGCUCCUCAACAACAACAACAACAACAACAACAACAACAGCACCAACAGCAAACAACAACAACAACAGCAGCAGCAGCAACAACAGUUGGCAACAACACCGGUGGCUGUCACUCUCAGCCCUGCCCAGACACCCACUGGAAGCUCCGCCCAACAGCAUCAACAGCAACAGCCCCAACAGCAUCUCACAUCUCCCCACCAUCAGCAAAUGCCCCAGCAGCAGCAGACACCGAACAGCGUACCCAGUGGCGCCUCGUCCGGUCUCCAACAGCAACAGCAGCAGCAGCAGCAGAAUGCUGUGGUCACAUCUGGGCAGGCCCAAAUUGUGGCGCCGAGCACGGCGAGCGUUUCUCCCUCCAGUGUUAGUUCCCAGAAGGAAGACAUCAAUAUGUCCAUCCAAUUAGCGCCACUUCAUAUACCCGCAAUCCGGCCCGGUCCUGGCUUCGAGACGGAUGCCUCGGUGGCUGUUAAGCGGCACGCGGCCCCCUGGCCCUACAACGACGACGGCUUCAACCAGUACCACGCCUCUGCCUCGCAAUACUAUAUGGAACAGCGCGACCGCAAGCCCAUGUUCCCCUACUACCCAGAUACCCAGUUUCAGCCGUACUGGGCCAACUACCGUGAUCAGCCGACCUCCGCCGCAGCAGCGGCCUACAUGAGCGCCAGCGACGACCGCCAUGUGACGGUGAGCGCGGCGGCUGCGGCGCGACAGUCGGUGGAGGGAACCUCGCAGUCCAGCUACGAAACGCCCACCUACUCGUCCCCAGGGGGACUGCGCGGAUACCCGGGCGAGGCGUACUCGAGCACAGGAGCCUCCGGAGGUGUAUCGGUGGGAGCUGUGGGUCCUUGCACGCCGACCUUGCACGAGUGGACCGGCGCGGUGUCGGUGCGGAAAAAGCGAAAGCCCUACUCGAAAUUCCAGACGCUGGAGCUGGAGAAGGAGUUCCUGUUCAACGCGUACGUGUCCAAGCAAAAGCGCUGGGAGCUGGCCAGAAACUUGCAGUUGACCGAGCGUCAGGUCAAGAUAUGGUUCCAGAAUCGACGCAUGAAGAACAAGAAGAACUCGCAGCGGCAGGCUAAUCAGCAGAACAACAACAACAACUCCAGCAGCAAUCACAACCACUCGCAGACGGCUCAGCAGCACCACAACAACCAUCACCUGAACCUGGGUCUGAGCAUGGGCCACCACGCCACCAAGAUGCACCAGUGACCUUUGGACAACAGCAGCGCCGGCACCAUGGGCUUCCCCACCUACUAGCAGUUAGCCAACCCGAGUCCGAACCCCCACAUGAAUCCCAAUCCGAACCCGGCUCUCGAAUCGCUCUCGAACGCCCAUCUAAUCAAGAACGAGCUGGCCUUGGACUUUCCAUGUUAGCCGACAUGUUAGACUCGGCCAACUUUGAGGAGAUUCGGUAAAAUCUACAAAACACCUGAGCUCUUUUUAGCCAGGACGGCAAGGGAUGGGAAGGGACGGGAGGCGAUCUGGGUCUGGGUGUGGAGAAGGUGCGGAGAAGGAAGCCCUGGAAUGAGCUGGCGUCGCUGUUUACCAAAGCAGGGCGGCCCCAAGGAAAUGAAAAGAUAAUACCUUAAAUGAAAUGCAUAUAAUUAAUAAGUCAGUUCUUAGAGAUCCAUUAAUGAGCAGACACAACUGUCAAGAACGACACAACCAUUCAGAACAGAUACCCAUUUGCAGAUAGACGAUAACGGCAGCUUAGUUCAGUAGUUGAAUAUAGAUAUGAGCAGGUAGCGAGGUGCAGCAGGCGGUAUACAUAGAUGGAGAUGCAGAAAAAGAUACACUUAAAAUUUGCAAUUUGUAUGGAAAUAUAUAUAUAUGUAUGAACGUGUAUGUAUGUAUUUCUAUCAAGGCUCUCAUUAACCUAAGCGAGCAUUAUGAAUUUUCAGAUCUAUAAAUAUGAAUAUACUUAAACAUCAGUGAAUAUUAUUACCCCUAUAAAUUACGAAUAACAAGCGUUCGAGUAGUAGAUUUUACCAUAUUUAUCUUUGUAAGUGCAGCUAGAUUGCAGCUGAAUUAGGUUGAGCACAUCUUAGACCCAGAAAAUGUUCUUGAAACAAGCAAAAAUUGUUUAACAAUUGUCAGUCGCCUCACCCAUCAAUCCCUUCACUACAAUCCCCACUACACGGACACACUCGCAUUCACACUCUCAGUCAAACACUUGCCCAUACCAUACCCAGAUAGAUUAUGGCCACAAUUUAGGAUCAAUUUUGUCGUAUAAUGUUCGUUGUGUCGUGUCCCUUGAUACCUUCUAAGUUCCUGUACAUAAACUAAGACAUUGAGAACUACUAUAUGAAAAGCAUACACAAGAAUAUUAAAUGUGUAUAAUGAAAUUCGGAUUCGAUUUUAGCAAAUGGUAACCUCGUAAGAUUUCGAUGUGUGCAUGUUUACUAUAUAGUUGAAGUCGCUUUCGAUCCAACGUAACUUUAAAGCAAAGAAAACUACUCGUAAAGCUAAAGAAACAAAAAGGAAACUUAAGAGUAAAGAAGAAUACAAUUUACUGAAGUAAGCAAGUGUGACAGCGGAGGCCAGGACCCACAGAUUUGAUAUGGAGAUGGAGGGGGCGCAGUCGAGGAGGAAGUAAAUUAGCAUACAGUAACAGCUACUUAUAUAACUAAAUAUACAUAGUACUAUAAUACACGUACAUAUGCACACAUAUAUUUUCAUGUGUAUCGACUCCGCUUGAUCCUGAUAUUAAGUCUAAGUUUAGUUGUGUUGUGUAAUUAUCGAUUUUUGUUAAUGUUUUGCCCCGAGCAUUAUAUUCGUAUGCUUAACCUAAACCUAAACCUAUACCGAUACCUAUACCUUUACCUAUGUACGCCUCUCAUUAGAUAUGUAUAAUUAUUCCUAUACAUACUUGAUGAAGAUGAUUUCACAAACUGCUUUAUAUUCAUGUUCUUGUAUUAUUAUUAUUUCAAAACCCUCGAUAAGUUGUAGUCUAAAGUCGGUUAUGUUUAUGAUUAUGUUCGAUUAUAGUUUGUUUAGUGAAUUUUAAUAUAGAAUUAGCAAUUCUCUUUUUUAAAAAGUUAAUUAUUGUGAAUAAAAUACAACAAGUUGCAAAAGUGCAAAAUAUACACACAAUUCAAAAGU